AUGCAGCGCAUCACGUCUAUGUGUGCCAAGGCCGUGGGAGACGAUGCCGCAGACGCUCGUCUAGAGGUAUCGCAGCGAUCUGCCGCCGUGGAAAGCCAGGACCUUGCAGAUGACAAGUUCCUGGGCGGCUCGUUUGUCCCGGCGCAUGCUAUGAUCCGGAGAGACUGUGGGGCGAAGGUUCGCGGAAGAUCCCGCCAAUUUGCGGCCGCUCCAGGACUCAGACUCACUGCAUUGUUUGGAGCCUGCUCUCGGCGCGAACUUUGGAGCAGUCAUGCUUCCGAAUGCAGAUACCCUUUGAGCAUCAAGUUCAGCUACCUUCUCCCACAACAUCUGCAGAGACCUUGA